AUGGCCUCAUCAGAAACACAACAACAUCCAAACUACAAGACAAUUGUCUUGAAGGUCUCCAUUCACUGCCAAGGCUGCAAGAAAAAAGUCAUCAAAAUUCUUCAAGGCAUAUAUGGUGUUACUAGCGUAAACAUUGAUUUGAAGCAACAAAAAGUUGUAGUAACGGGGAAUGUAAACAGCGAUAUUUUAAUCAUGAAAUUGACCAAGACAGGGAAGCAUGCUGAGUUAUGGCCUGAAUUAGAACCAGAAACAGAACCUGAAAUAAAACAAACCGAUCUUAAAAAGAAGAAGCAGAGAAAACCAGAGAUGAAAGAGAAACAGAGCGAUCCAGAAACUGAAGACAGUGAAGAAAUAGAAAUCAAACAAAGCAGUGAAAACAACAAUGAAACAGGUAAAGUUAAAGUAAAAGUUGACGACUCAUCCAAAAGCGUUGAAGUUAAUGGAAGCAUCGCUAAAAAAGGUAAUGGAGGCGGCGAGAUUAACGGCAGCACCGCUAAAAAAGGAAACGGAAGCGGCGAGGUUAACGUUAACGGUAACGGUAAUAAAUCCAACGAAGGAAACGCAACCGGUAAAUCCGGUGUAGUACACGUUCAAGAACUGAAGCCAGAAGUGAGGAAGCAAACAGUUGUGUUACCGGCUGGACCGGUUCCCGAGAAAAAAGUUAGCGUCGCAGUGCAAUUUCCUUGCGAUAAUAAUGAAGAAGCAUCAACGAACGAGAAAACCGGUUUCACCGGUGGCGAUAGCAGCGGAGUGAAAAAGAAGAAAAAGAAAGGAAAAGGUAAAGCUGAUAACAACAACGCUAAUGAGAGUGUUGCUGAACACUUUGUUGAUGCUUCGGGUACCGGUGGUUCAGGUAACCGGUCACAAGGUCAAGUUCAUGGUCAAAGUAAUUUUCAUGAUCAAGUACACCGAGGUUCAGUUCCAGUUUCAAAUACACCCAAUGAGGUUCCGCCACGUCAUUUUAUCAACCAACAAUUUUACCCACCUCAGUACUAUGCACCACCGGUUUCUGCUGCUGCACCGGUUUAUACCGUGAGCCAUCACACAGCGUAUCCGAGCAAUAGUAGUUACGGUGCGGCGUAUUAUGCGCCUCCACAACCGUAUCAAUACGCGCAUGUGAUGAAUUCGGGAAACGAGAUGGAUCAACCUAGGCCGUACACGUAUGAAUCAUCGGAAACGUACAGUUCAUCACAACCGUCUGAUUCGUUUGUUUAUUUUAGUGAUGAAAAUCCUAAUGCGUGUAGUGUGAUGUGA